AUGGGACGAUUUGCCAAAGUUUCAAGUGCGCGCAAACUAAUCGUUGACACCCACGAAGCCAUUCCUUCAGAUUCUGCCUAUCUCAUUAGUCUUCGCUCCGGAUUUGUGUCCCUACGGCAAGAUAGUUGGCGAGUCGUCGAACCCUAUAACCCUCAUCGAUUCAGUCGACAAUUCGGAUAUGUUCAGGGUGUUCCCGGAGAUUUCCAAAGGGAUAGUCGACCCAUACCUUUGACUCGGACAUACUCGCUUUGGGAUAGCUUGACGAAGCUUGGCACAAAAGGUGAGGUAAUUUUGCCUAUGAAAAGUGACAUCACUAAGUUUAUGGUUACUCAAGACUACAUCGAAUGGUGGUCCAAAGUUCAUCACUCUGCAUCGAAGAGGCCUAUGAAGAUAACCAUUGUAAAUUUGCCACAGCAAGAGCCUCCAAAAGCUAAAGGAGACGACCGUGCGACAACUCCUCUCCAAAUUUUGGUUUCCGCCGAAGCUUUGCCCCCGGUUGAUAACUAUCAGAUUCCACCUCCUCCAGUUUUGGAAGGAAUCGGAGAUUCAGCAGAUUUCCAUCCCAAGUCGAAGGAGAAGGUUGCUACGUCCAGAAGGCAUAGUAGAAGCAGCAGUAGUACCCAUAGUGACGUGCACUUCAAACGUCAAAAGAGGGAUGAUGCUGAUCUUGGACCUAUUUACUUCAACCCUAAUGCCGACUUUGAUCUUGGCGGCAAUUUUCUUGGGGAUGUUCCUGGUCCUUCAAAACUCGUGCAUGCGCAUGUUGAGCUUGAAGAUAUCGGUUAUUUUGAUGAAGUCUGCUCAGGUGACGGCGUUCGAUUUCCUUUUAAGGAAUGUGUAGCUAACAUUUUUCCAGAAAAGGACGUACGUCGAAAGGAGAGUGAACCACAGCCGGUUGACCAGAGAGGUUUGUCCAUGGCUACGGGAAGUACAAAACCUUCUGAAAAAGCAAUAUUUCCUGAAGCUUCUACGUGCGAUGUUGAGGUAGUGGACACAAGUCAAUGGCUCCGCGAUAUCCGCAUGCGAGCAGCUGCGGAAGUUUGUGCAAAGAUAGAAGGCGUGAUAGCGACGUAUUCUCUGAAAAUGAUUAUUGAGGGGAGGAAUGAGCUUGAUAUGUUGACGAAUGAACUUGGAAAAUAUGGAGUCGACCCAUCAGCAAUAAAAAACAAAUUGGAGCAGUUGAUGACAAGCGCUACCCUAUAUGACUCGGUAAGGCUUGCAUGUGCUCACAAAUGUGCCAUGGGUGCCAUGAGCGCCCAAAAAUUGGUGGAGACAGAAUCUGAAAUCACGACAGCGCAAGAAAUUCGACAAAAUAGUUUUGAUCAGCGUCAGUCUACACUUCAGUCCCUUGAGAACUUAAAGAAAGAACAACAGAAGCUGGAGCAGACGCUGGACUCGCAAGAUGCAGACAUUUUUCUUCAUGAUGCAAGACUUGCUGAUCUAAAACAGAAGAAGAUUUAA